CAGUUCAUUUCGUGGUCAGUUCAAUGCUUAUUUGCCUUCAGAUAACUUUUUAGACUUUCAAAUCUAUUAAACCGAGUUUCUGAUUCCAGAUUCAUUAGUUCAUAAGCUACCAUUUUUGUACUAUUUCGAAUGACAAAUCUAACUCUUUAUCAUGUUGCUAAUACUAGGUCUGUCAGACCUCUUAUAUUAUACCAUGAGUUGAAAUCAAUUUACGGCCAGCGGAUUCCGGAGCUGAUGGUUCAUUUGAUUCCCAAGGAGCAGCUUCGAGCCCCAAACAAAGCCGCGAUUCUGUACGAAUUGAAUCCAAAUGCAAAGGUGCCCGUUCUUCAGCAUGGAGAGACGGUCAUCUUCGAAGGAUGCGCCAUUUGUCUUUACUUUUUGAAGAUGUUUGAUGAAGAUCAUAUUUUAGCCUCGGAAAAUCAAGAUUUCAGGGCAAUAUUGUACCAAUUUAGCGUAUACACUCCAGGAACCUUGGACAACUUGACUGCACACUCCUCCCCUAUACAGAAAGUGUACGGCGACAACAACCCCAUGCCAAACACUGACCCUGACGCAGUGGCACGCAACAAGGAGGCGUGGCUUCAGAUUGCCGCGCCCUUUCUCGUAUCAACCCUGGCUAACCGAGGAUUCAUGUAUGGCGACAAGUUUACAGCAUUGGAUGUAAUUGUAGGCUUCUUUGUGAUUGGCGUACAAUUCAAGCGACCUGAUUGGAUAAUACCGUUUGCAACCUUGAAUGAUUACGUGAACAGAUUGAAGCUGCGACCGAUGUUUCAAAAGACUUUCCAAACAGCAUGAAUUAAAACCUCUAAACUCAUCAAAUUGUAACACCAUCUUGAUUGCUGCUGCUUGUUGAGCAAACAAAAGUUCCCCGCGCGGCGGCGUUUUAAUUUUUUCUGAAAAAACAAUUAACUCAGCAAAUUGUCAAUUUUUCUUAUCCGUUUUGCUCCAAAACAGAACAAUAUUCACGCAAAAUUGUCAACGGUUUACAAGCAGGAACUCAAAAUUUUAAAUUGUCAUCAAUUUUCAGCACUGUUGAA